GAGAAUCCUCCAUUUCACGUCUUUCCUAAGCAAACCAACAAAACUUGCUCAGCUUCUUCUUCCUCCUAGAGCAGAGACAAACUACCAAAAAUGUCAAAUUCAUUUAACCGGAGAAAACUAACGUCAUCGGACUUAUACCGAGGCCGGAGCUCCAGGACCACUAGACGUAAGGUGAAGCACCAAGUCUCUCGUCGUAAUCCCAGUAAGAUUCGUUCAAAGUCUAAUAAAAUCCUCAGCCGAAGUUUCUCGGAGCCGAAUCUCCACCAAAGCAUCUCUGUUGAAGAUGAUGGUGAUCGACUUUGCUCUACGCCGGUGGUAGAUCUCCCGGAGGAGAUCCUUUACCUCUCCAAGAUCCGUUCGGAAGUUUUCGCUUCAGCUCCGUCGUUAUCUGGCUUCUCUUCACCCUCUUCUUCUCCGAUUAACCAACAGGUUUACAAGAGAGAAGCAGAAAAGGUUGUGAUCAAUGUAUUAGUUGAAGGAAGUCCAGGACCUAUAAGGAUUUUGGUUAAGCUAAGUUGCAGCGUCGAAGAAACGAUCAAGAUGGUUGUGGACAAGUAUCGCAAAGAAGGACGAACACCGAAACUCGAUGAAGAUCUUGCCUUUGAAGUGCAUCAGUCUCACUUUAGUAUCCAAUGUUUGGAGAAAACCGAAAUAAUUGGUGAAAUAGGUAGUAGAAGCUUCUACAUGAGGAAGAAAGUACCUGAAAACAUGAUUCUGGUGAUAAGGAAUCUUCCGUCGUCAUCGAACUUGUUCCAAUCUUUUAUUGCACAAAAGAUUGGGAGAAUUGUGAGGAGGACAAGGAAGGUAUGGAACAUGUUGGUAUGUGCUCAGUGAACAACAAAACCGGUUUUAAACAGAAACAAAGUAUUGUUCUAGUUAUGUUUUACACUUGGAGCUACACAUAAUAUUUACUUGUGUUCGCUCAAAUUUUAUAUAAGAGAAUCAGUUCUUUGUAAGCUUAUUUACUCUAUGACUUGCAACAUAUAGCUGAUCCCAAAAAAACAAAGACUAGCAACAUAUAAGCUAUAGGUAUUAUAUACAUUCGAAUGUAAUUAUUGUACUCUAAUUUUACUCGAAAAUUUCGUUUUAUAAAAAAUCGAGUUGUAAAUAGAACAGUUUUUACAUUUGUAUAUUUUUGGCAGUGUGAAGUUUUUUAUUU